UGCAACCCACCACCCUCACCCAUUAAAUUUAUUAUAUCAAUGGAGCAAAUUUAAGAUCUCAAGCUCUCAAACGCAAGCAAAAAAACCAUUCAUCCAAAGCACUAAUCAAGCAAGAAAACAAUGGGGUUUCUAAUACCAGCGAAGAAGAAGCCUCAUGCAGUGUGUAUUCCAUACCCAGCACAAGGCCAUGUAACUCCCAUGCUAAAGCUUGCCAAGCUUCUACACUCCAAUGGCUUCCACAUAACAUUUGUCAACACUCACUUCAAUCACAAACGUCUUCUGAAGUCCAGGGGUGUCUCCUCCAUCUCCGGCGUCCCUGGUUUUGACUUUAAGUCUAUCCCUGAUGGCUUACCACCGUCCAAUGAGGAUGCGACGCAAGAUAUCCUUGCACUCUGUGAAUCCAUUACUAAUAAUUUCUUGGCUCCGUUCCUUGACCUUUUGAGCAACCUCAAUCAUGAUCCCCCUAUUUCUUGCAUAGUUUCUGAUGGUGUUAUGAGUUUCACUCUUGAUGCUGCUAAACAACUUGGUGUUCCUGAGGUCUUGUUUUGGACCACAAGUGCUUGUGGUUUUAUGGGGUACCUUCAUUAUCAGCAUCUCAUUGAUCAAGGACUUGUCCCUUUGAAAAAUGAAGAAGAUCUCACUAAUGGAUAUCUAGACAUGCACAUCACCACAGUACCAGGGAUGGACAACAUGAGGUUGAAGGACUUUCCAUCCUUUGUGAGAACGACUGACCCCAAGGAAACUUUGCUAAACUACCUUAAUCGAGAAUCCAAGAGGGCAUCCAUGGCAUCAGCUAUCAUUCUUAACACCUUUGAAGAAUUAGAAGGACCAGUUCUUGAUGCGAUGAGGUCCAUUUCCAAAUUACCUCCCAUCUUCACCAUUGGCCCUCUCUCCUUGCUCAACAACAAUAUGAUCAUGGAUGCCGAGUUAUACUCAUCACUAGGCUCAAACCUAUGGAAAGAAGAGUUUGGUUGUUUUGAAUGGUUAAAAGGAAGAAGGGAAGCGUCAGUGGUGUAUGUGAACUUUGGGAGCAUCACAGUGAUGAGCAAUGAGCAUUUGGUGGAGUUUGCAUGGGGAUUGGCCAACAGCAAACUGGACUUCUUGUGGGUUAUUAGAGGAGACCUGGUGAAGGGUGACAGUGCAGUGCUUCCUCAAGAGUUCUUGGAGGAGAUCAAUGGGAGAGGGAUGCUGGCAACUUGGUGUCCUCAAGAGGAGGUUCUCAACCACCAGGCCAUAGGUGGCUUCUUGACACACAGUGGAUGGAACUCUACUAUUGAAAGCAUCGUCGCCGGAGUUCCAAUGAUUUCUUGGCCAUUCUUUGCUGAACAACAGACAAACUGCAGGUAUGUUUGUGUGGAAUGGGGUUUAGGAAUGGAGAUUGAUAAUGAUGUGAAGAGAGAUGAGGUUGAGAAACAAGUGAGGGAGUUGAUGGAAGGGGAGAAGGGUGAAGAAAUGAGAAAGAAGGCCAUGGAGUUGAAGAAGAAAGCCUUCAGAGCAGCUGAACCAACUGGGACUUCUACUGUUAACUUUGAGAGGUUGGUUCAUGAGGUUCUGCUUCAGUGCUUCUCUCAAGCAAGUGAUGGCUAGUGUUGAACAACUGAUGACAUUUAAUUAGUGGUUGAAUAAUUAAUUUCAAUGCAUUUUUAGUGAUGCUUUCGCUUUUUGCUUGUCUUGUUGAUGUCUGUUUUAUUCCUAAUUUGGUUGAUUUGUUGGUGGGACGUUGCUUUCAGAAUUAAUGAGCUAGCAGAUCAGAUGAAUACACACUUUAUUUUAAAUAAAGAAAUAUUUAA